AUGGCGUCGCCGGCACCAGCACGGUCUUCAGAGACAGAGGUCCUUGAAUCGGAAAGCCUGAAGAGACAACACAGGAGGGACGUCAACUGUCUCGAGGACAGCAACCGCCAGUGCCGCGUUAAAGCGUUAGAGCGUCUUUCUCGCUUGUUCCUGAACAACGUGUCUUCUUUGAGUCCUGAGAGUUCGAGGGCUCAACGCGCGAGCGCUUCUUCCGGAUGUCCACAACAUGCCAUGUUCUGCGAUGCAAAACAUCGAGUCAAACCGGUGUGCGGCUGUAGGAUUACCCCGUCGAGCUGCAGCGACCAGGCAGAAGAAAGAACGUCUUAUUCAAGAGAAGAGCUCCGCCGCUUCUUUUUGACCGACAUCUACGGCCCGUGUCUGAGACUCGUCGCCGACGCAACGUCGGACAGUUGCAGGGAAGCAGCAGUGAAUCUGCUGCGGACGUGCAUCGUUUCCCUCUUCGAUGAGGAAGAAACCAUUCUAUUCAUGUCCAAGCACCGGCCCGAGCUCGGCUGUGGCAGACGGAAGGACGCGCGGAAUGCCAGCAGAGGGACUCGAUCAUAUGGCCCGGCUCUCGUUGACACAGUUCAAAGCAGACUGAGUGGACACCCUUUUUGUGAGCCCAGUGAAGAAAUACGAGGGGCACUCUUGCUUUUGUUGAUAGCCAUUCUCGAAAAGGCGCAACCGCGAGCUCUGAACGGACUUGCGAGAGACCGAGGCUCAGCGGAUGGCUGUGGCUCCAUCUGGCCUGAGGACAAUCAGGAAGCGACGAAUCCGUACCCGUUGGAAGGGUGCGACAGUCCCGAUGUUUGGAUGAAGGCCGAAAGUAACGGAGAGGUAGCGUGUGCGACAGAGACGGCCAAACUCGAGAGGAAUGAUGAGGCGAAACGAGGACUCUGGCAAGUCGAAGACACUUGCCUGGACGGUCUUACCCAGUGCGCCCUCAAGGCACUGGCGGACCACGAUCCACACAACAAGCAACUUUCUUGCCGACUAAUUGUUCUGCUUGCAAGAUGUCUCCUUGACACGCUUACAGCGGCGUUGGCUGGCUGUUUACGUCACCAGCAGCGGAAAGUACGCUGGCACGCCCUCGACGCUCUGCAGUACCUCUUUGCCGCAGCGCCGAUUAGCUGGAAUUGCAUGGCAGACCUGAUGACGAGUCUCUCCUCGCUCGUUCAGACGGAGGCCGUCCCGUCUAUCAGGUGUAAGAUCUGCGGCUGCGUUGGCUACUGGUACCGGGCGCUGCCCGUGCGCUACCUGAAGCCGCACAUGGCGAAGAUGCUGGGGGCCCUAGUGACGUGCGUAGCUGCCGAAGAUGCAAACGUGAAGAGCUACGGAGUGCGUGUGCUGCAGUGCAUCGCAGCUCCCUCUCUGCGCCAACUGAAGGCUGCCGCAGCAGCUGCAGCUUGCCACGAACGGAAGGGCCCUCGAAGCGACGCCAGCCAGACCUCGAGGCUGCAAAAGCGAGACACAGACUGCGAAACCGAUUCCGACUCCGACGCGAGCGACGCCAGCGGCGACACCGCCGUGAAGGAGAAGCCCAGCAGCGUGGCUUUUGCCAGCGACCGUCAACUCCUGGAGGAAAGCUGGGCCGCUGCAGCUGUCGAUGCGCAGCCGGACUUCGGCUCGCGGACGGACGCAUGCAAGAAGUGGUUCAAAGACCGAGCCUCUCACGCGCUUCAGCCGGAAGAGAUGCUAGGUGACGAGGCUAGGGAAGCGGCGGCGCAUCGCCUCAUGCUCGUGGCGGAACUGCUGAAUCACUUCGCAGAGGAAACUGUCGCGUGGGUCCUCUCUGCUGACUCAGCUCUCUGGCGCUUCUCGCCUGAGCCGGGCCGUUCGCAGCAGAGCUUGCGGACGCUGCGCGUUCUGCUCGACCUCCUCCCUCCCGCAGCCCUGGUUUCCCAGCUGCCCGCCGUCCUCGCGUACCUCUGCAAGACUUGCCAACACGUCGACUGCUGCCCCUUCGCGCAGCCGCACCAGAACCACGAGUCUCCGCCGCAGCCCGCCCGCGGCUCCUCAGGCCUGCUAGGCUUCUUGCUGUCUCUCGCGGCCGGCGAGGCGGCUGGCGCGGGGAUGCAGGAAGCUGCCCAGGUCAAGGAGAGACACCCAGGCGCAAGCAGAGGGCGCGAACGGACGCCUGCGUCGGCAGAGGCAAAGGAGGGCGAGGAGAGUGAACUUGAACCCCAGUCGAUCCAACUCCAUCCUGGUGCGGUGGUACGGGGCAACGUCCUCGACAGCGAGCUCGCGGGCGUGCCCAGUGCCAUGAAAAGCUACCUGGAAGUCAUGCGAGAGGUGCUUGCAUGCGCAGAGGCCGUGGCCACGCUGGUGCUGCCGCCUGUCUGGCUUCGCAUUCUCUCCGCGCAAAUGCAAGCGGAGGAGAUGUUUGGGGAGCCGUACGCCCAGGCCGCCGACGAGAGACUCGCGAGCUCCGUUUUCGCACGCCAAACACCCGCGGAGUCUCAGGACAAGAAGAGCGACAGGAAAAGCGGAAGACGCGGAGCCUCAGCGGAAGCGGCGAAUUCUGACGCGCGCGCGGACGCAGAGGUAGACCUCCAGCGUCGCGGCGAGGCGCCAGACGGAGGAUGCCACGGACGCCCCAAGCGUGCGGAGGCGGCGGUGGGGGGGGUGUCCGCAGUCGACCACAGCUCUAGCCUUUCGAAGAAAUCCGAGACAAGCACCAGCCGCCUGUAUCCUCUGAUUCUGCUCGGCCGCAUGCUCGCCACUGUCGACGUCCCGCUCCGAGGCGCGCGGACCCGGGGCUGGUGGACCGACGGAGAUGCGUCCUUCUGUCUGGACCUGAUUGGCGAGUUCGUCGAGCCGACGGGCGCUCACGGGAGGAGGCCUGCUGACUCGCCCGCCGCCGCUGCGCUCGCCGACCCUGUAACGUUCUUCGGUCGAGGCGCGUGCAGCGGCGCUUGCGGCCUCGCCAGCAGCGAGGCCGCAAGCGCUGCUCCCUGCGAAGACGCUGCGCUGCCCUACGCUGCGGUCUGCGUGACAAGUGCAGUGAGGGCGUGCCGAAAUGUUUGCCGACGCCUCUGGCCGCGCGUCAUCACCAUCCUCCUCAGACUCCGCGUCGCCGCCAACGUGCCCGCGAGCCUCGUCGAUGCCUGCAUUCAGCUGCUGUCCGUGUACAGCGGGCAGCCGGAGCGGGACAUGUACCGCGCGUAUCUGGCGGCGUUCAUCGAAGCUGAUCGGCGGAUGACCCCGCCCCCGACGUCUGCGGGCGAGGCGCCCGCGGACUGCGCCGCAGCGCCCGUCAGCAGCCUCAUCGCGCCCUGGACGCCCUCAGAUCCUCGGCGCAUGAUUCUUCUCCACGUGCUGCAGCAGCUGCGUGUUUCCGCGUCGACCGGUGCGACUGCGUCCGGCGCCUGCGCGGCCGGCCCCGCGUGGACCAUUCGCCCGAACGCCCUUGGAAAGCAGACACACCCUGAGGCACGCCCCGAGGCACACCUGGAGGCACGCCCCGACGCCGGCGAGGAGCAGGAGCCCGCGGGCGCCUCGCACAGGGCCAGCAGCGGCUCGCCUUCUCUGAGCCCUUGCGCCGGCACCGAAAGCCGAUCCCUGCGUCGAGAGCGCGCGUCUGCCCACGCGCGCGACGCGGCGGACACGCGUGGCGGCCGUGUGGGGGAGGUGCUGUCGCACUGGGGUUAUGGAGGCGGAGAGCUCGAGCUCGAACCGCCUCAAAGCGAUGCCGCGAAACCGCUGACGACCGCACCCUCCGAGGAGUGGCUUCGCGGCCUUUUCGCAAUCUUGGAGCGGCAGGCGCGUCCAGAGGACGUCGCGCCGGCUGUGCGUGUAGACGUCUUCGCCAUCGUUUUCGAACUCUUCGCCAACGCAGAGAUCGCGACUCGCUGCUCCCUCAAGUACUCGUCUUUUGUCGUCGACGCCAUCAUUCAACCGAACCUACGGUGGCGGCCCGGCGAAGCACAUGCGAAGCUGAGGAAUGCCGCCCUCGCCUCGCUCUCCGCUGUGCUGGCGACUCUGACCGCGGCGACCCAGGCGCCCGCAGGCUGCGAGCCGGAUUCUCCGCGCGCGUGCGAGGACGCUUCGGGGCACCCGCGAGUCUCUGCGGAGAAGCUGGAGGACGCCCAGACAGAGUGCAGGCGUCUGCGGGAGACCGCGGGGUUGCCGGAGCUUCUCGAGCGGCUCCUGCCGUGCCUGCUGAGCUGCCUGGACGACGACGGGCAGCCCGACACGCGCAUGCUCACGGCAAACAUCCUCGCUCGCCUUUUCAGCCAGAUGCAACGAGCGGUGCUGAAGGACCGCGCUCUGUGCGCCGGCGCCUCGUCGCCGUCCGCCGCCUCCAGGGGCGAGUCGCCACACUCCGCAGGCACGGCUCGGAGCGACGCCGCACGGUCCACGAGCUCCACCCGCUCGCGGGCGGGCGGCGCGACCAAGAAGGGGGAAAGGGGCGGCAGCGGAGACGCCACCGGCGAAGAUCCACGCAGUGCACAAGACUACAUGAGCCUCUGCGCCUCGCUCUACGCGCCGCUGCUCCAGCGCCUCGACGACGCGCGGAACUGCGUGCGUCUCGCCGCAGCGCGCGCGCUUGGGGAGAUGCUGGGGCUGCUGCUUGCGCUCAAGGACCAGUGGCGGGGGACGCCCUCGCCUCAGGCCCCAGCGGAUGGCCAGGAGAAAGCGGAAGCGCUUGAACUCGGGAAGGAACGAGAGCCAUGCACUCCACGAGAGGGAGAAGGCCUUGCAUCAGACAGCGCCCUACGGAAAGAAUCUCACGCCGUGGAAGCGGGCGAAAGCCGCCUGGAUGAGACACCUGCGGCGCGUCUGCAAGGCGGCGAAGACUGUCAACAGCAGAAAGAGGAUGAUGACGACGCGCGCAGUCAGAAAUGGCGAUGGUCCUGUCUCGAGUUUCUGGUGAAGGGACUUGUGACGUUCGUCGAUGAAAAGGACGAAGAGCUCGCUAAGUCGGUGAUUCAGGCUCUGGAAAUCGCCGGCAGACUUGAGCCUGCGCUUCUUCUACGGGAGUCUAAGGCAACAAUCGGGCAAAGCCUGUGCCGCGGGCGAUACGAGGCCCUCGCCGAGUUUGCUGCAAGGCUUCUCAAGCAGGAUACCGUCUCGCGACGCCGGCAUUGCGAUGCAUGA